GGACUGACCCAACAAUGGAGGGACAGAUGUCAAUAAUUAAAAAUUAAUGAUCCCCAUUUUCAAUUAUUAAAAAGGGGGAAUCACUCUAUAUAAUUUUUUUCGUGAAUUUUCAUUUCCGUUAGUUUUUGUCAGGUUACGAAAAUAUUUAUAUACACUAGUAUUUUUUAGUUUAUAUCAGGUCAUCAAUCGCAGGGAACUGUAUUCACAAUGACAAUGGUUUUCAGUGUUAUAAGAAAGUUGGUAUUAAGACCCACGAUUGCUAUAUCCUUUCAAAAGACUUGUAUGCGCUGUUUGUCCACAAGGUUAGUGUUAAAAUUGCACAGCGGAGUUCAGUUAGUAAUUAAUAUUGCCAUUGCCUCAGUCGACAGGAAUGGUUUUGACCAACCAAAGUCAAAGUCUUGCCUUUUCAGAUUGAGAAUAUCUUCCAUGCCCUAAUAAAUUCAACAGUUCCGAGCCUGCUCUAUCUAACAGAACUCAACUCUUGGCAUUGGUCUUGGUAGUAACAUAAUUAUUCAUUAGGCCCCUAUAUUUUUUAUUCUGAACUGAACAUAUAUAAGUAAGUAUAAGAAGUUAAGGCCUAAUUUAUGAAAUGUACUGGUACCAAAGAACCAACAUGGUUGCUAUCUCAAAGAACAAGAUCAAAUAUUUUUUAUUUCAUGCCUAAAAUCCUUCAUUACAAAUUGUUCAUCAUUUUUAUUUUUAUGUCAUGUUCAAAGGAAAUUCCUGAAUAGAGGAAUGACUGGAAACUAAAAGUUCAUCUUAAUUAAACUCAAUAAUUUCUUGAUUUUAGGCAAGGAAGGAAAAAAAAAAAGUUGAAUGAAAUUAAUUGAAAAUAUUUUUUUUAUAUUUUUUGCAGCUGUGCUACAAUUUUUAAACCACUUUCAUUUGCUUGAAAGAUGAUGGUAAACUUUGGGUUGCUUUUUUAGAUAUAGAACCAAAUACAAAACAGCAAUGUGAUUGGUUGAUUGAUUUUGAUAUUUAUAUCGCGCUGGUAUCCAUGCCAAUUUAGCAUGCUCACUGGGCUCUGGUUUUCCGAAAUCUAUUUAAACAAAAAAGUUUUUAAAGGUUUCUUAAAUGAUUUUUUAUCAUUUUCAAUGCCGCUCAAAGAUUGAGGCAAACUGUUCCAUAAAUUUGGCGCUAGUGCUUCAAAAAGCGCACUCCGUAAGACUUUUUUUCUGUGUUCAUCCACACUAGGAACUCUCAGUAAGUACUGUGUUGAAGACCGCAGGCUCUUAAAGGAUACAUGUUUAUAAAUCAGUUCUUUGAGAUAUUCCUGUGCUGAGCCAUCUAUGCAGCUGUAUGCCAGGGACAGAAUUUUGUAGUUAAUGUGCUCACUCACAGGAACCCAAUGGAGAUCUCGUAGAACAAUCAAACAUGCUAAAAUAUCACAUACAGUGUACAUUACAAUUAACUAUUAAUUAUUAUUUUAUUCCCUUUGUGCUGAGUUAAUUUAUGCUUCUGCAAACAUUUUCUUUUAUUGUGAUAUUGGUGCUGAUUUUUUAAUGUUUAUAAAUGUUAACUUUAUUAUGUAGUUGAUAAAACAAAUUCUUCUUGCCUGUGUUAAUAUCCAUUACGUAGUUUGGAACUAAAAUAUUUUUUGCAUGAUUUUACUUGUGUUGUGCCACAUUAUUCUAGGAGACUAGCUGUACUGCGGGAGAAAAAAGGUUUCUGUGGGAUAAAAAAUGGUUGGGUUAAUGUAUAGUACUGAUGGGCAUUUUGGGCAUCACCACAUAUAACAAGUUAUAAGAUUAUUGGGGGAAAGACAAAGUAUAGGAAACAACAGAAGUCAUAAUUUAUUCCUAAGAUGGUAAUCAUCAAAGGGAGGCAUUUGAGAGACUCAUCUUUUAUUGACUGUAUUGAUGAAUGGGAUCAAAUAUAAAAUGCCAGCAACUAAGGCUCAAUCAGUGACUCAUAUUGGUUUUUAAAAAAAAAAAAUUCAUUUCUCAGUCAUGAAAUUUAAUAGCUGUUGACUUGAACUCCUGGUGAAGGAUAUGGAUAUUAGCAGAUGGGGGGGGGGGGGGUUGCUUGCUUGGAGCAACUCAAUAACACAUAUUGAUUUACAUAAUAAAAAAUUCAUUUCUCAGUCAUGAAAUUUAAUAGCUGUUGACUUGAACUCCUGGUGAAGGAUAUGGAUAUUAGCAGAUGGGGGGGGGGGGUUGCUUGCUUGGAGCAACUCAAUAACACAUAUUGAUUUACAUAAUUUUAAGCCAACCAUGGCGUUAACCCUCUUUGCAUAGCCUAGUUAGGACAUUGUGGUUGUAAAAGAGUUCACUGAGGGGCACCCGCAUGGCUAAAUCCAGCACUUUCUGCUUACUAUUAUUAUUAUUAUUAAAAGAAGUCCUAGAACUAUGGGCCCUAAUUAAGUAAUAUAGGCCUGAAAGGAAGAUAGUUUAAAAGAUUUUUUGAAACCACUAACACACAAUCAUAUAGUCUUACCAAAACUGACAAUCAUACAGUUUUACCAUACCUUACACACAAUCAUACAGUGUUACUGAAGUGCUAAUAAUGAUUGAUGAAAUAAUUAAUGAUUGGCUUAGUAAACAAAAUUUACUACAUCAAUUAAAGUUUAAGCUAGACUGAUUUUUAUUCCACAUUUAAUUUUGAUCCCUAUAGCUUAAAAAAUGAGGAUUGAUAAGUUACAAGUACAAUAGGCACUACUAUCCUGCCAAAUUCAAUUUCACUUCUCCCUGUGUUUUUGUCAGUUUGCUCAUCCAAGGGUUCCUCAUGGUUAUUUUUUCCUAUGUUUAUUACUUUUUACAUUUCUUUAUUAUAUUAUUGAUUAUUGCUUUUAGAUGCCUAUCCGCUAUUACGGCACAACACAUGUCUUUUAAUUUACGUGUCUAAUUAUAGGCUUGCUGAGGUUGGUAUCCUUGAACCACCAAAGGAACAUGGGAAAGCAUAUGAUACUGGGCAGGUAUGAAUUUUUGUUUUUAAGCUUCUGAAAAAUUGUUCCUUUAUAUUGUGAUAAGAAAAGUUUAGGCUGAAGUUUAAAGUUAAAUAGUUUUUAUUAAGGGUACAAAGAGUUUAUAGGAAAUAUUACAAUGAGUUGUAAGUCAUUAAACGUCAUUUCUUAGAAGAGGUCCAAAGCAGCAAUAGCCCAUAUAAUUCCUUCAAGAAAUUGCUUGUUAUUCCAUUAAAUAAUUUUUUAAAAUAAUUAUUUAAUGUUUUGUUUGAAUCAGUUGGUUAAAAAAUACUUUUUAGCAUAUGUUUUAUAUAUAAAAUGACAUUUUUUUAGAAGGAUGAAAUAAAUAACACUGUCAAUUUUUUAUCCAAGGAGAAAUGGGGAAGAAAAUAAAUUGAGUCUACCAGAAACAAUGGAGCAAAUAUUUUGAAAAAAACGUUGUUUAUUAAUAUCUUGUCAUUAAACAAGAUAUGUUACCCAUAGCAAUUUAUUUGGAGAUAAAAUAUACAACUCAAAAACAAAUGAAGAAGAUAAGAGGUAAUCAUUUUAAGAUGAAAUCUAGAUCUUGUACUCUCACCAUUUCAACAUUUAAUUGAUUCACUUUGUUUCUCCAUCUAGUUAUUUCUUCAUAAAAUAUUUGGUUAUAGAGGAAUAGUACUGUUUCCCUGGCUAGCCCAUGUCUAUGAUCGUGAUACUGCGGCCAAAACAGAUGACAGGUAAAAAGAAUUCUUUUAUGCUCAUUAGUUAUAAUUUUUUUAAAGUUUCAUAAAUAUUUCAGAAAGGAAAAGUUGAAGGACAUGAAAUAUGUACUGUGUUGACAAGUAUUUAUUUUACUUUCAUGAGCCAUAAAAAUAUGUUGAUUAAGACAGGUUAUGAAUCCUGCAGCUAUAUAAAUAAUUCCCAUGAAAUUAAUUCCUCAGCAGUGAAUGUUGAAACGAUGUGUUUUUGGGUAGUUCUUAAAUGUGAUUUUUAGUGUCAGGAUAUUACUUUCUUUAAGGUAACAUUUUUUUAACAGGAAAUGUCCAGAGCCAGCUUAUGACCAUCUUUUAAAAAAAAAAUUAUUAAUAUAUGGUUAUGUUAUGUUGUUUGGCAUUCACAUGUCAGGAUGAUCAAUGCUAUAUUCUUUGUGAAUAUGCAGCUGGCCUGCUAUUCCUAACUAUGUCAAGAAAGUGCUCUUGCGCGUGGGACACACAUUGUUUUGAUUCCGAGUUGAAUUUGAGUCAAUUCUGCUUUUCCUAUGCUGUGUGCUUUCUUAGUUGGCCAAUGGUUGCUAUUUACUUCUCCUUAGAACUUUGGAUGAUCAGAACACGGCAGUGGGGAAAGAAGUGAAAGGAAAGAAUCAUAUGUACUAUCAGGUUCUGAUUGAUGCCCGAGACUGCCCACACAUUGUACGUUGUAGCAUCUUUUUAGUGCCAUCCACAUAGUUUUAAAGUUUUUACAUCUUUUUAUAACUGCUUACACAUUUUAAGUUAUAUCAGCAAUUUAUGACUGUCUACGUAAUAUUAAGUUACAUCAUCUUUGUAUUGCAUCCAUUCAUAAAUUUCCACUCAGUUUUAGUUAUAUCAUCCAUUUAUACUCUGAUCUCAUUGUAAGUUAAAUCAUCCAUUUAGGACUGUCCACUCCUUGUUAGUUUAAAAGAAACAACGACUGUAUGAGUAAUAUAUUAUUUUAUUAUUACUCAUAUCUGUUGAUUUUAUCAAUGUAAAGAAAGGAUAUAAAGUAUGUGCUCAUGUUUAAUAACUGGUUAAGCUUUUCUUUUUGAAAGAGAGCUCAAACAGAAGCAGUGACUUUCCUUGGCAAUCAGGAUAACAGUAGGGCUUUGUAUGCUAUUCCUGGUGAGUUCUUGUUAUUGAUUCACUUCCUUUUUUAAGUCCUCAAAACCUUUUUUUCUUUUCUUUUUUGACGUUCAGUACCGGUACACUUCUCUUUUCACAUUGACGUUCAGUACCGGUACACUUCUCUUCUCACAUUGACGUUCAGUACCGGUACACUUCUCUUCUCACAUUGACGUUCAGUACCGGUACACUUCUCUUCUCACAUUGACGUUCAGUACCGGUACACUUCUCUUCUCACAUUGACGUUCAGUACCGGUACACUUCUCUUCUCACAUUGACGUUCAGUACCGGUACACUUCUCUUCUCACAUUGACGUUCAGUACCGGUACACUUCUCUUCUCACAUUGACGUUCAGUACCGGUACACUUCUCUUUUCACAUUGACGUUCAGUACCGGUACACUUCUCUUUUCACAUUGACGUUCAGUACCGGUACACUUCUCUUUUCACAUUGACGUUCAGUACCGGUACACUUCUCUUUUCACAUUGACGUUCAGUACCGGUACACUUCUCUUUUCACAUUGACGUUCAGUACCGGUACACUUCUCUUUUCACAUUGACGUUCAGUACCGGUACACUUCUCUUUUCACAUUGACGUUCAGUACCGGUACACUUCUCUUUUCACAUUGACGUUCAGUACCGGUACACUUCUCUUUUCACAUUGACGUUCAGUACCGGUACACUUCUCUUUUCACAUUGACGUUCAGUACCGGUACACUUCUCUUUUCACAUUGACGUUCAGUACCGGUACACUUCUCUUUUCACAUUGACGUUCAGUACCGGUACACUUCUCUUUUCACAUUGACGUUCAGUACCGGUACACUUCUCUUUUCACAUUGACGUUCAGUACCGGUACACUUCUCUUUUCACAUUGACGUUCAGUACCGGUACACUUCUCUUUUCACAUUGACGUUCAGUACCGGUACACUUCUCUUUUCACAUUGACGUUCAGUACCGGUACACUUCUCUUUUCACAUUGACGUUCAGUACCGGUACACUUCUCUUUUCACAUUGAAGUUCAGUACCGGUACACUUCUCUUUUCACAUUGAAGUUCAGUACCGGUACACUUCUCUUUUCACAUUGAAGUUCAGUACCGGUACACUUCUCUUUUCACAUUGGAUUAGAUUUAAACUAAAAAUGGAGGCUUAUCUUGUUAAAUUAUUUUAUUAAGUUAUUGGUGUUAAAAAAAAAAUAUAUUGUGCUUAAUGUUUAUUAUUGAUUGAUUAGUGGUCAAAAAUUCUAGAAAAUAAUAUUUUAACAUUUUGUAAUUUAUUUUUGAGAAUAGUUCUUUAAAUUAUUGUUUUUAAACUUAUGUUAUAAUUCUGAGAUAUGUAUUGCAGGGCUUGACUAUGUGGCCCAUGAAGAUAUUCUACCUUAUACCAGUCCUGAAAGCACUCCUAUACAACACGAGCUUUUUGACAAAUUUCUGCUACAUGAACCUGAAAAUAGUAAGAAUGCUUUUUCUAAUGAACUAAUGAAAUGCCCAAACAAAGCUUAAAUUGGAUUUAUCAAGUCUAAAAUUUUUUUUUUUUUUAAAAAUACUUUUUAUUUGUUCUAGAUUUUCUUUGAAUGAGUACAAGACAGACUAUACUGGGGGAUUUGAUAAGUCUAGUGAGAAGGUCGAGUGUUUUGGUGGGACUUGUAAGAAAUGGGGAUUGAUGUCAAAAAAAUAAGCUGACCAUUUCAAUAUUUCUUUGAUUUCAGAUCCACCAUUUGUUGCUCGUGAAACUUUGGGAGCAUGGCAAGAAAAAAACCAUCCCUGGCUUCAGUUGUCUGACGUCCAUCGAGAAACCACAGAGGGAAUUCGUGUUACUGUCACACCCUUUUACAUGGGUUGUAGGGUCAGUUAGCCUUUCAUAUAGGUUAUAGUGUAAAUAAGACUUUUUACAUAGGAGAGUAGUACUUCAUUGUUUAUAAGCUAAGAUGAGGUACGCGUACAUCUUAGGGUUUGGAGGGAAAAAUGGGUUAGCAUAAGAUGUUUUCACAUUUUAUGGUUCUUUUCUGUGACUUAUUUUAUUAAAAUUGAAGAAAUAAUUUUGCAAACAUAAAGUCCUUUCAAUUAUAUUUCAUUUGAUACUAAGUUUAGUCUUAUAAACCAAAGAAUAAUAUUUUAAAAUUUUUUAAUAAACCCAACCUCUCACUCGUUUUUGCUCUUCGGAAAAUAUGUACAUUUUUUCUCAUGGCGCUCAAUGAAGCUCGUCGGAAGGCCUUGUGUUGGUAAACCCGGUGUUCGUGAACCGUAUGACGGGCUGUGUCCGUGGAACAGGAGGCUGACCGGGGUUACCUUCCAGGCACUAUAUUAACCACUGUGACAAACUUUGAGAGUACAAAAGAAGAAGAAGCGGCGUACCGCAUCGGCCAGAGCCAGUAGCUGUCGGAAGCUAAUUUGGCGACUCGAGCAUAUGCGGCAUACCGCUUCAUCCAGCACCAGCAGCCGUGACUCUGGUGCCAGCAGCCACUUUGGCACGUCAGAAUAUGCAGCGUACCGCAACGUCCAGUGCCAAUAGCCAUAACUUUGGUGCCAGCAACCUCAAUAUACCAGACAAAAUUUGCAAAAUAAGGAACUAAAGUAGUUUUGCCUUAUACUUUCAGGAAUAAAGACCUAAGAAGAAUGAAUGAUAGUGCCCAACUUCCACAAAAGGGUAGAAAAGGGAAAAGGAAUGAAAAAGAUAGAAAAAAGAAAAGGCGAGAAAAAAUAGCAAAACUUGAACGUUUAGUAAAAACAGCAGAUACAGAAGAAGAGUGGUCAGCAAAGAAAUGGCUGGAGGUAGCGCACUACCUAGAUAAAAAGAAGAAAAUGAAUAGUGACUCAUCAGACAAUGACAUGAGUAAAAAUAGAGAAGAAGAAACUGAGGCACACAGCUUAAUUUACCUGCAACUAAAUUCUAAUGGCCUAUGGCCUAAGGAGAGUGAAAUUACAGAACUCCUAAAAGAAGAAAACGUUGAUGUAGACGUAGUUCAAGAGGCACGCCUCAAGACAAAAAGCAUCAACAUUGAAAAAAAAAUACAUCACCUACACAUGUACAUGUGUAAAAUGCAACGGACCAGUAACACUAGUCAAAGAUAGCCUAACAUUCCGUAGGCUCGAAAACAAGUGGAGGAAGCCAAACACAGGUUAAAUAAAUCUACAGGUGUGGAAAAAUGGCGUUCCAUUCUUCAUAACAAAUCUCUACUCCCCCACCAAAAAUGAAAAUUGAUCUCGACACACAGCAAACGAGCUAUGUCCGAACAAUUAUUGGAGGGGAUUUAAACGGCCUGUCCUCCCAAUGGGGUUACAAGCAAUCGAACACAACGGGAAAAAAUAUUAUAGAACUUUGUAACGCUUCCAACCUCAAGAUUAUGCAGAGUAAUCUAAUAGCCCAGACUUGCUUCCAUUCGAGUAAUGGUAGCACUUUUAGGCCGGACUUAACUGUAAUCUCCAGUGAUUAAAUGGAGAAAUGCACAAUGAGAAUACUGAAGGAUGUGGUUAGCGAUCACCUACCAAUACUCCUGACAAUAGGGAAAAAGAUGGUAAACCAGGUCAGCUCCCAACCUGCCGCCUGGAAAAACCAAAGUGCAAAUUGGCAAAAAUUGACUAACUUGACUAGUGGCAGGAACAUGUCCAGAGGGAUUAAAACAGGUACGAUCAGCCAAAAGUCCUGAAAAUGGUGGGAAAUGCUUAUAAAAGUGGCAAAAAGAGCAAUUCUCGUAAGAAAUGUGAAGUAUAAAAAAGGUCCUUUCAAAGAUAAAGAACUCUGCAACCUAACAAAACAACGCCAGCAGGCGAGAAGGCGUGCACAAAAGUCUGAAAAUGCAAGGAACCAAUACACUGUGCUAACUAGAAAGAUAAAAAAAGCUGGCGGUACGUCUCAAAAGAGAGACUUGGGUAAAAAUAUGUCAGAACCUUAAAUUAGUUAAAGACUCUGCAAAAGCAUGGAACCUAUUAAAGGCCCUGACAGGUGAAAAGCUAUGACUCAACCCAAGUCCCAUUUUCUCAUUGAACGGUAGAUUAGCUACAACUGGCAAAGAUAGAGCCCAAGCUCUAAACAUGCACUUUGCAGAAACAAACAAGUUCAAACGAUGGACUAAUUGACAGGGAAUGGAUAGGUUUAGAAAAGGAGAUUGAAAUUGAUGAAUCGUCAAUCAUGUCGUCCCCUUUCACGCCAAGUGAAUUCGAAAUCGCUUGUAGAAAAUUCAAGAAUGACACUGCUGGUGGCCCGGACGAAAUAACGAAUAAUAUAUUAAACAAGCUGGGUCCGAAGGCUAAAAAAGCCCUCCUCCAAAUCAAGUGAGUUCUGGGACGAAGGCGGAGUCCCAGACCAAUGGAGAGCCGCAAAGAUCACUGCAUUACUUAAAAAGGGCAAACCAGCUGAAGAACUCACCAGCUACCGCCCAGUGUCCCUUACAUCCUGCGCAGGGAAAAUUGCACAAUGCAUGGUCAACAGGGGCCUAUAUUGGUUCAUGGAAAGAGGAAAAAAGAUGACAAGAGCCAAUGUGGGUUUAGGAAAAAUAGACAAGCCUCAGACCAAGUAGUGAGAUUUACCCAGAGCAUAAUAAAUGGCUUCCAAAAUAAAGAAGUACGGUUGGAAUUUUCCUAGACGUGACCCAGGCUUAAGGCAAAGUCUGGAGGUCAGGUCUCAAACUCAAAAUGCUGAAAAUGGGCAUUACAGGAAAACUAUACCUGUGGGUCAGCAAUUUCCUUGAACACAGAAAAAUCUGUACAAAAUUUGGGUUACAAAUCUGUAGCAGAGAGGAGCUUGCAAAAGGCCUGCCUCAAGGCUCUGCAUUGAGCUGCCUCCUUUUCCUCAUAUACAUUAAUGAUCUGGCGGAUCUAGUGCAGUCCGAGAUAGCACUAUUUGCGGACGACAUCACAUUGUGGCGGACUGGAAAGGAUGUGGAGGAGCUGGCCAACCUCUUGCAGGAAGAUAUGAAUAGAAUCCUGCGCUAUACCAAAACUUGGAAGUUGGAACUCAAUGUCUCAAAUCAACGUCCACCCUGUUGACUCUGUCCACCCUGUUGACUCUGUCCACCCUGUUGACUCUGUCCACCCUGUUGACUCUGUCCACCCUGUUGACUCUGUCCACCCUGUUGACUCUGUUCAGGCAGGGAUGGAAAAAGGGUGCCAUUUCAAAUCUUUUUUGGAGGGCGCUCCCUCCAAAGAACAGAAAACUCAAGGUAUUUAGGGUUCACUCUAGACACAAAACUACAACUGUGGAAGAGAUAACGAACAAAGCCAGUUCAAAGCUCAGUAUUGUAAAAAGACUGGCGAGCACUGAAUGGGGGGCCUCGGCUGGCACCCUAAGAGGCUUAUUUCUAGGUGCAGUCAGAUUAGUGAUUGACUACAGCAUGCCCAUCCUAGGCAUAGCAAGUGACACGGCACUUGACAAGGUAAAUCUAAUCCAAAACCAUGGAUCAAGGCUAAUAUGUGGCACAUUCAAAAGCUCUCCCAUUUCAGCUGGACAGAUCCUGGCAACCUAGAACCACUGAAAAUAAAAGACAGAGCUAUGCUAAUGGCCUAUGAAAGAUUCCUAAGGCUUGACGGAGACGAUCCAUUACAUGAAAUGUUACAAGUCCCUACAAAGCAAAGGAUACAAAAGGAGUUUUUUCUUAGUCUCUGUGAAUUUCUAAAGAAAAAUAUAAAAUUGCCCAGCAAAAGAGGCAAAAUAAGAUCAGCCACUAAACUAAGACCUGAUACCAGGGUAGUCCCCAAAAUAUGGGAAGCAGUCCCACAGGACAACAACCUCAGUGAGGGCCACAUCAUAGUCCAAUAAAAAGUAUCCAAAUCUUCAUUGAUUGGACAAGAAACGAAGAAAGAGCUGGUUACGGAAUACACAUGUCCUUGCCGGAUGGAAAUACUAUUGAAGCAUCUAGUCGAUGCAGAAUGCUCUAUUGCAGCGGUUCUCAACCUGUGGGUCGCGACCCCUUUCGGGGUCGCGGGACCCUUUUCCAGGGGUCGUCUAGGACCAUCUGAAAACAUAUAUCCUUACAGCUAUGAAGUAGCAAUGAAAAUAAUUGUGUGGCUGGGGGGUCGCCACGACACAAAAUGUAACAGUCUACACAGACUGUUUAGGCUUAAUAAAUGGCAUCAAAAACCAAGCCAAUUAAAGUCAAGAUUGCCCAAAUACUAAACUCAACUUAAUAGAGAAACUUAAAUCCACACAUGGAUCAGUUGUCUAUUUAUGUUGGCUUCCUCUCGAUCUAGCAGACGAGCUAGCAAAGCUAGGCUCGGAUGAGCCAAUGCUAUACAAAAAAGUAUCCUGGGAAGGGUACAAAAUCAUCCUCAGAUAGUAUUUCAGGAAACAGUGGUUCAUCGAAUGGCAAAAUGGAGAGUGUGGCAGGAAAGGCUGGGAAAACUUAAAAAGCCCAAGUCCAAAAGACACUAACCAGACAAAAUCAAAUAAUAAUUGCCCAAGCCAGAAUGGGCCACUUUCCCACAAAAGGCAUUUUCACUGGGUGUACAGAAGUGCUAGUCCGACCUGCGGGCAUUGCAGCAAAGAAAUAGAAAGCUCACUCACCUGGUUAAAUGCAAGAGUCUAAUGACUGAGAGAAGGAGACUACUAGGAGCCGAAUAAUACUGUACAGCUCCGUAGUAGAGCUAACAAAUAGUGAAGACUAUCUCAGAGAAGCUCUAAAGGAUACGUAUGGUAUAGAAUUUUUAAAAAAGAACAUUUUUGCUGGAAUAAAGCUGGUCCACAUAGAAAAGAGAAGAUAAAGCCAAAAGGAGAGCUGGAGCUGGAGCUGGAAAGAAUGCGGUAGCUGAAGAAAAAAAAAACUGUUGGCGCUCGUCUAGGCGGUGAAAACCGGGGCAACUUUUGAACAAGCACACACCAAACUACGUGGGGUGGAAGUGCUUCUAGACAAACAUCACAAUUCCGGGGCUAGCCUAGGAAUAAGGGCUCUGAAAAAGUGGGAAAUGGGACCUCUGUCUCAAAACUUACAAGUGAGGAGUGCUCUCCGCAAAGCUCUAAAAGCCUGAGGGUCGGCCAUAUGAGCAGGAAUGCUCGGAGCUGCUGUGUCGGUCAAGUCAAGGUGCCAGCGAAAGAGUUAAUAUUCUAAUUCCCCAACCGCUUUUACACUGCAGAUUUAUUACACCAACUAUUUCAGAGAAUCAAAAGAAAAUAUGCACCAAAUGCACUUGGGACAUUUUUUGUAAAGAAUCUCACUUAGCACAGUUAUCGGGCAUUUUAUUUCGUGAAAUGAGUGGCAUCAUAUUUCCUUCAUCUUAUACUUGAAAAACUGAUUUUUGGAGGUUGGGGGUGGAACAGAAAAUUUGAUAGAAUGUUUCGUCAUCAGCAAAGAAACUUACGAACAAAAUCAAAGUUAAUUUAUAAAGUAUUUUAAAAGUUUUUGCUGCUUCAUUUGCUGCUGCAAUUCUAGGUCACGUCUGAAGAAAUAACAAAAUACAAAAGACAGUUCAAAGUGGCAGAUUGGGAACAUAUAUAUUAUUUUAAAUAUGUAUGACCAUAUUACUUAAAAUAUGCAUUAUCAUUUUUACUUUAAAUAAGAAUGAACAUAUUGCUAUUACUUGUCUCAAAAUUUCAGGAAGCUCAACAGACUCAUGUCUAUUGGGUAAGCUUUUACCUAACUUUUUAAUUUCUUAUUUUUACCACUAAUUUUGUAUGUGCUAAAUAACUGAAAUGUAUUAAAUUGUGAUUAUUUCUUGUUUUUUUAUUGCAAUAUAUAAGUGGAGGUUCUGUGUGUCACCAAUACCACACAAUUCAUUUAAAUGUUAUAUUUGCUUGUUAUUUAUUAGUGGAGAUACUGUGUUAUUUAUUUGCUUGUUAUUUAUUAGUGGAGAUACUGUGUUAUUUUUUUUUUUGAUUGUUAUCUUUUAGUGGAGAUACUGUGUGAGACUAGAAAACAAGGGACUAGAGACUGUUCAACUCAGAGAAAGACACUGGAGGAUUUUUAGCCUGUCUGGGACUUUAGAAACCGUCAGAGGAAGGGGUGUAGUUGGACAAGUAGGCAACAUAUACUUUUUAAUCACAGUAGACAUUAUAUUUUUCCUUCAAUUGAACUAUUCACCUAUUUCUAUUUUAAAUGCUUCACACUUUUAUAAAGUUUCAAAUUAUGUUUUUAUAUUCCCAGAAUAUAAACUUUGUUCAUUAAAAAGUUAUAUUGCUAUUGUAGUUGUAGAAAUGUUAUUGUCGUUGGCUAUCACCAACCAGUUGUUCAUGUCUGGAUGUUGAUUCGGGCUGACUUCUGCAAGACCGCUAGGGAAUUUUAUUUUUCUUAUGAUACUAUUGCUAGUAGUAGUUAGCUGGUUAACAUUUAGGAAUUGAUUGAGCUAAUUCUGCUAAUCCAUCAAUAUUGAACUAAUACUUUACUUUGCGCUAAAACUUUUCAGGAACCAGUGCUUUCUCCAGAACAGCCAGCCUUCCAAUAUUCUAGCCAUGUAUCGUUACAAGCACCAAGUGGACAUAUGUGGUAGGCAGAUGUUUCAGUUAGCCAUUAUACCCAAUAGUUUUAUAGCCUACUUGUUCAAUGUACACAAAUAUUUAUAUUGCAGAGAUUUAAUAUCAUUGUCAAAUAUUCAAGAUGCUUCUGUUUCUUUUUAACAUCACUGGUAUGAAUAGUACGAGAAAUAUGUAUAAUAAUCCUCCUCAUUAAUGAGACAUUAGACCAUUCUCUUGGUGUUCAUCCUAGGGGAACUUACAAAAUGGAGAGAAGAGAUGGCACCAGUUUUGACUGCAAGAUUCCUCCCUUUUCACUUGAAAGCAAGUCUGAUGAUAACAAUAAUCCCCAUCAGUUCCUUGGAAGCUAGUGCCCUAUGGUCGAUUAUGUUUUUAUGCUUGGUUGGCUCACAAAUUCCAACAGACUAUUUCAAAUAUCUUCAUGAAUUUUUUUUUUUAUUUAUAGAUAUCAAAUAAAUUAAUACCGUAACUA